GUUCGCUCAAGCCUCUGAGCGCGCGUUGGUCUACCAAAUCGUAGGUGCAUCGCUGGCAAUUGUGGCAAUUGGCAGCGCGCAUUCCAUAUAGUUCGAUGAAGCUCCGACGGACUUUUGGGCCUUUAAAGGUCUUUGCUGCGUCCCUUUCAUUGUCCAGCGCUUUAGAGGCCACAGCUCACCGCCAAAUCACCGCAGACGGCGCAAUCCUGGACAGACAGUUGAUGCGUCGGGAAGAAGCGCGUCGGCAGGACCCAGAAUGCUAUCGCGAGCAAGACUGGAGUUCUGCAGGAUGUCCGGUGUAUGAUCAGACCUCGUGUUCCAGCUACACAGAGCAGGAGUGCACCUCAGGUUGUGGUGAGGGCAAGGUCUGCCUGAAGCUCUUCAUGGUUCCUUUGAGCUACUCGUGCUGUGAAGACCUGGAAACCCACGAGAUCUUCGACCGCAACGCCAAGAACGCCGUCAGCGCCGCCGACAAACUCGGCGCCGGCAACCCGCCGCCAGCGCCGGCGCCAGCGCCGGCGAAGGGCUUCGGCAGCGAGACGUCGGCAUCGGCGCUGAAGGCCGCGGAGGAGGCGUCCGCAGGGACCAGUGAGGCGACGCCGGAAUGCUAUCGCUCGAACGACUGGACGAAAAUUGCAUGCCCAAAAUAUGAUCAGACGAAAUGCUCGAGCUACAGUGAGAAUGACUGCAGUUCGGGAUGUGGCAGCAACAAAGUCUGCGUGAAGUUGUACAUGAGUCCCAUGAGCUAUAGCUGCUGUGAAGAUGACAUGCAGCAGAUCUUCCAACGCGAUGAAUCUGCAUCAGUUCCCGCGGCCCCCAAAGCAGUGAGCCCAAAGGAAGAGAUCGCCGAAACAGCGGUCGCCGAAACGCCAAGUGUGGAGCUCCCCUUCACAGGUACGGCCGGCUCGCAAGGGAGCCAACUACAGAAGGAAGCUGCAGAACUGGCGCAGCUCGCAGGAUGACCGGCUGCGGCAAAAGAAGAAAUUCCGCGGCGGCCAACGUGUUGUUCAACGGCUAUUUUGUUGGGACAAGCCUGAG